AUCAUCAUCAUCAUCAAAACCAUCAGCAGCAGCAACAAAGGAGCAAAGAAGCUUUAGGGAUGGUGGCUCUCCACGAGGCCCUAAGAACCGUUUGUCUCAACACCGACUGGACUUACUCUGUCUUCUGGUCCAUCCGUCCCCGUCCGAGAGUUCGAGGCGGUGGCAACGGCUGCAAAGUUGGCGACGACAAUGGAAGCUUGAUGUUGAUGUGGGAAGACGGAUACUGCAGAGGAAGAGGAGGAACAGAAGGUUGCUAUGGAGACAUGGAAGGAGAAGAUCCUGUUCGUAAAUCUUUCAGCAAGAUGUCAAUUCAGUUAUAUAAUUAUGGCGAAGGGUGGGUACUUGGUAGGUUAAUGGGGAAGGUUGCUUCUGACAAAUGCCAUAAAUGGGUUUUCAAGGAACAAACUGAAUCUGAAUCUAAUGCCUCUAGUUACUGGCAAAGCUCAUUCGAUGCUAUUCCUUCAGAGUGGAAUGAUCAAUUCGAAUCUGGGAUUCAGACCAUAGCUGUUAUUCAAGCCGGACAUGGCCUUUUACAACUCGGUUCUUGCAAGAUUAUACCUGAAGAUCUGCACUUUGUACUUCGGAUGAGGCACACGUUUGAAUCACUCGGCUACCAAUCCGGCUUUUACCUCUCUCAGCUAUUCUCCUCAAAUCGAACCACUUCAACUUCAAACACAUCGCUCAUGGGCUCGAACCAUCCUAUACUCCCUCCACAGACUCAGCCAUUGCAACCCACUCUUCCCCACUACAACUGGAGUGGUACGAGCCAACGACCAAUGAUGGCUCAAACCUCUUUGCCUACCUACCAGCCUCACAUGCCUUUCCCAGUAAUGCCACACUCAAACAAAGAACAAGACCCUGAUGUGAAAUGGCCCACAGGGCUAUCAUUCUUCAAUGCGUUGACCAACAAUGUCAAUGCUAAGCUUCUGUUUGAUUCAGAGGGGUUAGGUGACAAAACAGACCACCAAAGCCACCAGAACCAGAGCCAGGAACAGAGCAACUCUGAGAGUCAAGCGAAUCCGAGCGAGUUCUUGAGCCUUGAUAGUCACCACCGAAACAUGAGUUUCUUGGAGUGAUAUGACUUCGUGUAUGUUCUUGUUUGUUGUUUGGUCCUUUUUCUAUGCCUCUUGAUUGUUGUUUCG